UUGUGCGUCGGGGUGUGGGUUUCCUUAGCGAUGAGGGAAGCUACGUCCUCUAAACUUGAAAACGUGAGUGACGAAGUGGUUUCCCCGCCAAUGGACAUAAACGUUGAACACUGGGUGCAGCGUGAAAUACAGCUUAAUCAACUUCACGAAGAAAUACUAGCACAGCGAGAAGCUCUGCUUCACUUCAGUGAAGAUCAUGUGGGUGGACAGGAGGUUCCUGAGAGGGACGAAUCAGAUCUCGUGAAGAAAGCCAGUGAGAGGAAUAAAAACCUUCUUCAGGAUAUUGCCACAGCCCAGAGUAAGCUGACAGAAGAUGGUAGACGUCCUGUUAGUCCGAGAUUCACAACACUCCAGAACAAUUACUCGGUGAUGGUGAAGAACGUAUCUCCAGUGUGGGAAGAAGAACUGUUAGAUUACAAACAGAAGCAGCGAGUAAAGCAACAACAACAACGUUCUCCUGGUCUGCAGCGCAGGACACAUCAGACAUCCCCGAAAUUUCAUAGAACAUCUCCUAAGGUGCAACGCGCGUCUCCAAAGCAGCAACGAACAUCACCCAAAUUGAAUAGAACAAUGUCAGAUCGAGUUGUAUUAAGAUAAGCAGGAAUUGUUGUUCUUUAAUUAUGGCACAUCUGUGAUAAUGUUUUGAUGUGGAAAUUCCAAUGUACAUGUGGUCUACAUACUAAUCCUUAAGAAUGUAUACAAAAUGUCUUUAUAAAAUGAAUUUCCAGCCGUAAGUGAGAAAGUCUGUCAGCAACCUGCAGAUGGUCGUGGGUUUCCCCCAGGCUCUGCCCAGUUUCCGCCCACCAUAAUGUUGGCUGCCGUCGUAUAAGUGAAAUAUUCUUCAGUUCGCCAUAAAACACCAAUCAAAUAAAUGAAUAAAUCUUUAUGAACUCAAAGUGUUUUAUGUACAUGUAUAUUUGGCUUUAUUACACCAUGCUUGUUGUUAUUACUGUAAGAUUUUAUAUUUAGACAACAUUCCAACCACAGAAAAAAAAUAUCAUAACUGUUUAAAACAUAAACAAAAUGCACCACUGUGCUACAAAAUAGAAGCACUAAGCUGCAAAUGGAUUUCACCUGUGGAAAUGACCAUUGCAUGUUUUGUAAAUUGUAUGAAAUACU